AUGUGCCUGGACAAAAAGGCGGUGCCCACAGGCUGGAGGAGCAGUCUGGGGACAAUCUGCAGUCCAGGAGCUUUAAUGAAACACAACGCGGAUGCAGUGACCUAUGAGGACGUGCAUGUGAACUUCUCUUGGGAAGAGUGGGCUUUGCUGGAUCCUUCUCAGAAGAAUCUCUACAAAGAUGUGAUGCUGGAAACCUACUGGAACCUCACUUGCACAGGCUACAAAUGGGAAGACCACAAUAUUGAAGAAUAUUGUCAAAAUUCUAGAAGACAUAGAAGGCAUGAGAGAACUCAUAGUGGAGAGAAACCGUAUAAAUGUAAUCAGUGUGCUAAAGCCUUUCAACUUAAAAGUCAUCUUCAGAGACAUGAAAGAAUUCAUAGUGGAGAGAAACCCUAUAAAUGUAAUCAAUGUGCUAAAGCCUUCACAAAUAAGAGUCAUCUUCAGAGGCAUGAAAGAAUUCAUAGUGGAGAGAAACCCUAUAAAUGUAAUCAGUGUGCUAAAGCCUUCACAUGUAAGAGUCAUCUUCAGAGGCAUGAAAGAAUUCAUAGUGGAGAGAAACCCUAUAAAUGUAUUCAAUGUGGUAAAGCCUUUUCAUGGAAGAGUGAUCUGCAAAGACACGAAAGAAUUCAUACUGGAGAGAAGCCCUAUAAAUGUAAUCAAUGUGCUAAAGCCUUUCCAGAUAGGCAUUAUCUUAAGAAGCAUGAAAGAAUUCAUACUAAAGAGAAACCCUAUAAAUGUAAUCAGUGUGAUAAAGCCUUUUCACAUAAGAGUUAUCUUAAGAUGCAUGAAAGAAUUCAUGCUGAAGAGAAACCCUAUAAAUGUAAUCAAUGCACUAAAGCCUUUCCACAUAAAAGUUAUCUUAAGAUGCAUGAAAGAAUUCAUACUAAAGAGAAACGGUAUAAAUGUAUUCAAUGUGCUAAAGCCUUUGCACAGAAGAAUCAUCUUCAGGUACAUGAAAGAACUCAUACUGGAGAGAAACCCUAUUCAUGUAGUCAGUGCGCUAAAGCCUUUGCACAGAAGAUUCAUCUUCAGGUACAUGAAAAAACUCAUGUACCUAUAAAUGUAAUCAAUGUGCUAAAGCCUUUACCCACAUAA